AUGUCACGGAGACUGUUGCUAGAUGAUGAGUUUGCGAAAGAGCUGGAAUUAUUAGUUAGCUUGCCUGAUGAUCCAGCGAAUUCCGAAGAUGAAUAUGAGUCUGACGAACAUGGUGAAGAGUAUAAUGUGGAAAAACUCAAGAAUCUUUACGUGAAUUCAGAAGGUGAGCAAUCUAGCUCAAGUAGUAAUACAAUUAUAAACAUUCCGGAAACAAUUCCGUCACCAGUGACACAGGAGUUUCCACAAUCUUAUAAAGAUAAUAUUGAGUCACACAUUCAAAACACUUCAAUUGAGCAUUUUCAAAUAUCCAUACCAGAAAAUCCACAGAUAGAAAUGUCUGUUGGUCAACCGAGCUGUAGUAGAUCUGGAAUUUCUUCAAAUGAAACAAUAGAAGAAAGCUCUGAAGAAUCUGAAUCAGAAGGUUCAUGGAAUAAAGCGAUGUGGUCUAAUGGAAACAGGCCACACUACUCAGUAUUUGAGAAAAUAACUUUGGCACCUCGUAGUCCAAUAUCUUACAACAGCAGGCCUUUAGUAUACUUUGAUAAGUUUUUUACUAACGAAGUUUAUAACCUCAUAAUUGAGCAGACAAAUCUAUAUGCUCAACAGCAAAAUAUUCGGACAUGGUCACCGACUUCAAAGCCUGAAAUACAAGCGUUUUUAGGCAUUCUUAUAAUGAUGAGUUAUCAUGUUUUACCAGACUAUAAUCUUUAUUGGUCAUCUGAUCCGGGGUUCAGGGUUGAUGAAAUCGCCAGUGUAAUGCCAAUAAAGAGAUUCAAGGCGUUGCUACGAAGAUUACAUUUGAAUGACAAUUCUAAACAGCCCCAGAGAGAUGAAGAAACGUUUGAUAAACUAUACAAAGUACGCCCAUUAGUAACUUUGAUAAAUGAGGCUUGUCAAGCAGCGGCGAAAAAUACAUCAUCCGAGAGCAUAGAUGAAUCGAUGAUAAUAUUCAAGGGUAGAUCAUCCUUGAAGCAAUACAUGCCGAUGAAGCCGGUAAAACGCGGCUAUAAAGUAUGGUGUAGAUGUGAUAGUAGCACGGGCUAUCUUUAUGAAUUCGAUAUUUACACAGGCAAGCAAGAUGCUGGAACUGAGGGUGGAUUGGGAAGAUUUUCGCGACGAACUGUACGUAGAAACAGAAUAGAACUUCCCGAUUUUAUAAAAAAGAAAAAUGGAAAGAAGGCAUGCCAAAAACUAAAUAAGGGAGAGUACAGAUGGAGAGUAAAAGAUAAUGUUUCAUUUGUUGUGUGGCAAGACGCGAAAGAAGUUCUUAUCUUGAGCAAUGUAUUUCAUCCGCAAAUAGAAAGAACAACUGUAAAUCGAACACAGAAAGAUGGCUCCAAAUUAGCAAUAAGUUGCCCAUUGACAGUAAGAGAAUAUACAAAGAGAAUGGGGGGAGUAGACAAAUUUGACCAGGUUAAAAGUACGUAUUCUGUUAGCAGAAGAAGUAAGAAGUGGUGGCGAAGAAUAUUUUAUUUUUUGGUAGAUGCCAGCAUUACCAAUGCAUACCUGCUUUAUAAACAAAAUAAAAGAGCAAGUCAACUGUCACACCUUGAAUUUCACGUGGCUUUAGGAAGAGGCCUUGUUGGAAAAUAUUCCAGCCGUAAACGAAGAGCUUCCAGCAUGGCCAACUAUGUGAAUAGAAAAAAAGUAUUGUCAGAAAACUACCAAAAAGCAGUGGGUAGUGUACCACUUGAGAAACGGUUUGAAAAUGUUGGGACACAUAUGCCAGUUGAAUCACCAUCUUACAGGCGUUGCAAGUUAUGUUCCACAAAGACGCAUGACAAGAGAACGAAAAUAAUGUGCAGAAUUUGCGCCGUACCACUCUGCGUGGUUCCAUGCUUUGCAAAUUUUCAUACACAGUAA